UGGGGCCCCUGCGAGGAGUCUUCGCUCCGGACAGCUCUGCCUGGGCCAUGCGGAGUCUCCGGGAGUAGCCGCCACGUGUGGGACCCUCGUCCUGGCAGCACAGCCGUCUGGCCGGAGGGCAGCAUGGCAGAGGCGGCGGACGCAGUGCUCUCCGUGGCCGAGUGGCUGCGGGCGCUGCACCUGGAGCAGUACACGGGGCUCUUCGAGCAGCACGGCCUGGUGUGGGCCGCCGAGUGCCAGGGGCUCAGCGACGCCCGCCUGCUGGACAUGGGCCUGCAGCUGCCCGGCCACCGCCGCCGCAUCCUGGCGGGCCUGCACCGGGCCCACGCACCCCGCGCGCCCGCCCCGUGCCCCGCGCCUCGCCCCGUGCCCAUGAAGCGGCACAUCUUCCGCUCGCCGCCCGCAGCAUCCUCUCCGCCUGAGCCGGCGCCCCCCGCCAGUGAGGGGCCGCCCACCGCGCCCCCCAUCCCGCCCCGGAGGAGCUGCGUGCCCCCCAGCCUCUUCUCGGCCCCAGCCCCCACCGCCGCUCCGGCCCCUGCGCUGCCCCCGCUGCCCGCCAAGAGACAUCAGACGGAGCCCAGCGUCCCGCCCGUGCCCCCUCGCACCGGGCCCCCCUGCCUACUAGUGAGCCUGCCUUCUGAGGAGGAGCCGCUGCCCCCCGCCCUGCCGAGCCCACCCCAGCCAGAGCCUGCAGAGCCCCCAACACCACCUCCCAGCCCCCCGAUAGUCCCCCAGAAGCCUCUUCGCCUGCGACCAGAGUUCGAUGACUCCGACUAUGAUGAGGUCCCAGAGGAGAGGCCCCAGGCCCCAGCCGGCGGCGGCGUGAUGACCAAGAAGGAGGAAGCCCACGAGGGCCCGCUGCGCCUGCUGCCACGGGCUGUGCGUGUGGCCAGUCUGCUGAGCGAGGGGGAGGAGCUGUCUGGGGACGAGCCGGAGGACGAGGAGGAGCCUGACCAUGCCUACGAGGGCAUCCCCGACUUCCUGAUCUCUGAGCUCCCGCCACACCCCAUGGACGGGCUGCCCAGGGGCACCACUCCUGCGCCUGCGGUGCUCAGGGCCGGCUGGCUGGACAAGAACCCGCCACAGGGAUCCUACAUCUAUCAGAAGCGAUGGGUGAGGCUCGACGCCGAGUACUUGAGCUACUUUGAUAACAACAGGGACGUCUACUCCAAGCGCUUCAUCUCCGUGGCCUGCAUCUCCCGCGUGGCUGCCAUUGGGGACCAGAAGUUCGAAGUGAUCACGCACAACCGCACCUUCACCUUCCGAGCAGACAGCGAUGUGGAGCGGAAGGAGUGGCUGCAGGCCCUGCAACAGGCGGUGGCGGAGCAGCGGUCCCGGGCCCGGUUGUCCAGUGCCUCCCUGCUGGGUGUUCGAGGCCUGGAGCUGCCCGACCACUCCGGCAGUCUGGAGCUGCGGGGCUUCAAGAAUAAACUCUAUGUGGCCGUGGUUGGGGACAAGGUGCAGCUCUACAAGAAUCUGGAGGAGUACCAGCUGGGCAUCGGCAUCACCUCCAUUGACAUGAGUGUGGGCAACGUGAAGGAAGCCGACCGGCGCAGCUUCGACCUCACCACGCCCUACCGCAUCUUCAGCUUCUCUGCAGAGUCAGAGCCCGAGAAGGAGCAGUGGCUGGAGGCCAUGCAGGGCGCCAUCGCCGAGGCCCUGUCCACCUCGGAGGUGGCCGAGCGCAUCUGGACCUCAGACCCCAACAGGUUCUGUGCGGACUGUGGGGCAGCCCAGCCCGACUGGGCCUCCAUCAACCUCUGCAUCGUCAUCUGCAAGCGCUGUGCAGGGGAGCACCGUGGCCUGGGUGCUGGCAUCUCCAAGGUGCGGAGCCUGAAGAUGGACAAGAAGGUGUGGACAGAAACACUCAUCCAGCUCUUCCUCCAGCUGGGCAAUGGUGCUGGGAACCACUUCUGGGCGGCCAAUGUGCCCCCGAGCGAGGCCCUACAGCCCAGCAGCAGCCCCGGAGCCCGGCGGCGCCACCUGGAGGCCAAGUACCGUGAGGGCAAGUACCGCCGCUACCACCUGCUCUUCGGCAACCAGGAGGAGCUGGACAAGGCCCUGUGUGCGGCAGUGACCACCUCGGAUCUGGCCGAGACCCAGGCACUCCUGGGCUGCGGGGCUGGGGUCAACUGCUUCUCGGGGGACCCCACGGCCCCCACUCCACUGGCGCUAGCUGAGCAGGCGGGCCAGACACUGCAGAUGGAGUUUCUCCGGAACAACCGGACCACGGAGGUCCCCCGGCUGGACUUGGGGAGGCCCCUGGAUAAGCACUACUCUGUGGUCCUGCCCACGGUCAGCUACAGUGGCUUCCUCUACAAGACGGCCUCCGCUGGCAAGCCCCUACAGGACCGCCGUGCCCGGGAAGAGUUCAGUCGGCGCUGGUGUGUGCUGGCCGACGGGGUCCUGAGCUACUACGAGAAUGAGCGGGCAGUGACCCCCAACGGGGAGAUUCGGGCCAUCGAAAUCGUGUGCCUUGCUGUACUUCCUCCUGACACCCACGGCUUUGAGCACACCUUCGAGGUAUACACUGAGGGCGAGCGGCUAUACCUGUUCGGACUGGAGAGUGCGGAGCAGGCUCGUGAGUGGGUGAAGUGCCUCGCUAAGGCGUUCGUGCCUCCCCUGGCUGAGGACCUGCUGGCCCGGGACUUUGAGCGGCUAGGGCGUCUGCCCUAUAAAGCCAGCCUGAGGCUGCAGUGGGCCCAGGAGGGCUGGUUCUCCCUGGCUGGCUCGGAGCUCCACACCGUCUUCCCGGAGGGGCCCUGCGAGGAGCCGCUGCAACUUCGGAAGCUGCAGGAGCUCUCCAUCCAAGGGGACAAUGAGAACCAGGUGCUAGUGCUGGUGGAGCGCAGGAGGACGCUUUACAUCCAGGGGGAGCGGCGGCUGGACUUCACGGGCUGGCUGGGAGCCAUCCAGAAAGCUGCGGCCAGCUCAGGGGACACGCUGUCGGAGCAACAGCUGGGAGAUUCCGAUAUCCCGGUGAUCGUGUAUCGCUGCGUGGACUACAUCACGCAGUGCGGCCUGACCUCCGAGGGCAUCUACCGCAAGUGCGGGCAGACGUCGAAGACGCAGCGGCUGCUGGAAAGCUUACGGCAGGAUGCGCGCUCCGUGCGCCUCAAGGAGGGCGAGCAGCACGUGGAUGACGUCUCCUCCGCGCUCAAGCGCUUCCUGCGGGACCUACCUGAUGGGCUCUUCACCCGAGUCCAGCGCCUCGCCUGGCUGGAGGCAUCAGAGAUUGAGGAGAAAGAGAGCAAAGUCUCCAGGUACCGAGAGCUCCUGGCACGUCUGCCUCCAGUCAACCGGGCCACCGUGAAGGCCCUGAUCAGCCACCUGUACUGUGUCCAGUGCUUCUCAGACACGAACCAGAUGAACACACACAACCUGGCCAUCGUGUUCGGGCCCACACUCUUCCAGACGGACGGGCAGGACUCCAAGGCAGGCCACGUUGUGGAGGACCUCAUCGGUCACUACGUGGCGGUAUUCAAUGUGGAUGAGGAAGAACUGAGGAAGCAGCGGGAGGAAGUCACCGCCAUCGUGAAGAUGCGCGUGGCGGGCACAGCCAGCGGGACCCAGCACGCCGGUGACUUCAUCUGCACCGUGUACCUGGAGGAGAAGAAGGCGGAGGCUGAGCAGCACAUCAAGAUCCCGGCUUCCAUGACGGCCGAGGAGCUCACGCUGGAGAUCCUGGAUCGCCGGAACGUGGGCAUCAGGGAGAAGGACUAUUGGGUCUGCUUCGAGGUCAACGAGAGGGAGGAGGCCGAGCGGCCCCUGCACUUCGCAGAGAAGGUGCUGCCCAUCCUGCACGGGCUGGGCACGGACAGCUACCUGGUGGUGAAGAAGUACCAGUCCAUGGAGGCCAUCCUGCUGUACCUGGCCAGCCACGUGGGUGACACCAAGCACGGCAUGAUGAAGUUCCGCGAGGACCGCAGCCUGCUGGGCCUGGGCCUGCCCUCGGGUGGCUUCCACGACCGCUACUUCAUCCUCAACAGCACCUACCUGCGGCUCUACAGGGAGAUCCGGAGCCAGAGGCCGUGGAGCGGGGCCCCCGACGCCAGUCACCGGCCUGAGAAAGAGUGGCCCGUCAGAAGCCUCAGAAUCUACUUGGGGGUGAAGAAGAAGCUCCGGCCGCCCACCUGCUGGGGCUUCACGGUGGUGCAUGAGACGGAGAAGCACGAGAAGCAGCAGUGGUACCUCUGCUGUGAGACGCAGAUGGAGCUCCGCGAGUGGUUCGCCACCUUCCUCUUUGUGCAGCACAACGGGCAGGUGUGGCCCUCGGAGCCCUCGCGAGUGUCCCGGGCGGCCCCCGAAGUCCGUCUGGGCAGCGUGUCGCUCAUUCCCCUGCGUGGCAGCGAGAACGAGAUGCGCCGCAGCGUGGCCGCCUUCACCAACGACCCCCUCUCGCUCCUCCGCAACGCCUGAGCACUGGAGCAAGAGCAGGAGCCUGACUUGGCUGCCCUCCAGCCUCUGGCCCCUCCGCCUGGAGCAGGGGUGGCCUGGUGAGCGCCAGCAGACCCCCACGCCUACAGCCGCCCUGGCGGGAUUGGGUCCAGCCGGGCCUGCCUGGGGAGACCCGCCCGCUUGCUGUGCCUGGGGGCUCAGCCCUCGUCCAGGGCCCCCUUCCCAGAGUGAUGGGGGUCAGGGGGGCAGAGAUCACAGACUGCGGGACCCCCGUCCAUACAGAGGCCUGGGCCCCGGGGCCCCCGCUGGAAGGGAGCCCGCCCCUAUCUCCAGAGCUGCACAGAGGUUACAAAGGGACAUCAGCGGGGACAGGACUGGGGGCCAGCCCUCUACGAGGGAGAGAACUGGACUCGGGGACGGCAGCCCCCUGCUGGCCUGCGCUGGCCAGGUGGCCCAGGCUGCCUGCUGCCCCCGCCACACUUGGGGACCUUUUGAUAAUAUAAAUACAUCCGUAUAUUUUA